AUGUGGUUUCCCUGAGCUUGCAGAACAUCGGUAUACAGGCAUACUUUGAGCAUGACCUAAACACACCGAGCUUACAAGUGUGUUUGAGCUCUGUUAGGUGGCGAGGGGGGAAGACGAAGCAAACCGCUGGAGCUGCUGCUGCUGCUGUUGCUGCUGCUGAGCCUGUAGACGCUCUGGUUUCUCUGUUGCCUGCCGGAGGAUUGUGUUUCCUUUAAGCCAGCCAGCUCCACGGCAACCUCAGUCAGCUUGUCGGACAGGAUCUGAACCCGUCCUCCAUCCUUCUUCCAAGUACAAUGCGUUUCUCCGCUGGAAGCUCUUCUCAAGUUGCUGCCUUCGUGUCCAAGCAGUGAACUUUCCAACCAGAUUUGUGAAACAGGGUCCGUGCACAGAGAGACAGACACACUGUGGAGCCAUGGGCUGCGGGCUGCGUAAGAUGAAGCCAACGUCGGAGGAGAGUCCGGGGAAGAUUUACUCCACCCUGAAGAGACCACAGGUAGAGACUAAGGUGGGCGUGGCCUACACCUACCGCUACCUGGACUUCCUCAUCGGCAAAGAUGGUGGGACGUCCACACUGCGUCUUUCGUCUGUGCGGGAGCUGCCCGGCCAGCUGCACGAGCUUUACCAGCAGGGCUUUGUUCUGGCAUCCGUUCACCCGUUCAUCCACCCCUGUGGUCCAGAGUCCAACAGCCCACAGCACCAGCUCUACCGGGCCAUACUGAUCCGACUCAACGACGGGGUGGAAAGGAGCCAGUCUGUCUGCCUGCCGUACAAACUACAGCUGGAAGAGUGUCUGUCCGCCGAGCAGGUGCCCACCCCAGAGCUCAUCCAGGGCUACGUCAAGAAGCAGAUCCAUGAUGCUGCUGACCAGGGUGUGAUGUUCGUUGGAUUUGUCCAAGAACCCUAUGGGGCGCCAUGCACCAGGAUCCGAGAACCAGACACCCCCUCCCUUUCCCUGCACUCCAGCCCCAGCUCUGUGCUCGGUUCUCUGGGCAGCUGCAGCCCCUCGAACCCCUCAAGUCCAAGAAACCAUGCAGCACCUGGAGUUCAAGCUGACGCCGUGGACAAAGAGGGGAAUGAAGAGGCUUCGUGCGAGGCUAGGGAAGGAGCACCAGGUGGGGAGAAGAAUCCAAGUGAGAACCAUGGGAACCAUUCAGGGAGCGGGGUGGAGGGCAGUCAGGGCGAGGUCUCGCCUGUGGCGUCUCCAAUACCAGAGGGAGAUCUGGAGCACAGUCAGGAGCUGACCGAGGAGGAGACAUCGUGUCACAAUAAUAACAAAGACGGUGGCAGAGAAGUAAAGGAGAGGCUGAGAUACCGCCUGCGGAGGGGUGAUGGGGUGGAAUUGCUCGCUUUGUACAACCAUCCGCCCGUCAGAGAGGGCCAGGUGAAGUACUACACUGUCAAGGUGCCACUGCGAGUUCAAAACUGUGAUGAGGGGGUCAAAGGAGUGGAGGCCAACUGGCUGGAUCACAUGACGCAGCACUUCAGCAAUGGAGCCUCGCUGGUCGAUGGAUACUUCCACCUGGGCAAUGUGAACGAUAUGCUUCCUAAGUCGGUGGAAAGUGUCUUCAUCUUCCAGGAGGCGAGCGAGGGUGAGCCAAACGCGACAACCCCGACAUACGAUGCCAUCGUAGUGGAGCAGUGGACCGUCAUUAACGGUUUGCAGGUGAAGGCAGAUUAUGUUCCUCUGCUACAGUCCCUGGCAACAUAUGGGUGGAGGCUCACAUGUGUGCUGCCAACUCCUGUAAUCAAGACUAACAGUGAUGGAAGUCUGUCCACCAAACAGAUUGUUUUCCUGCAGAGACCCGUCUUGGGCCGAAAGAGGAGGGAAUCCAAGAAAUUGAUCUUCAAGCCCCGAAGCAAGUCCAACAAGAACUGCAUCAAAGACACAGCAAAGAACAAGAAGAAGAAGAAAACAAAAACUGAGAAGGAUGCAGAGGAUCCUAAGAUACUUGAUGAGAGAGAAAAUGUUGAGAAAGACGAAAACAAGAGUAGGGAUGAAAGGGUGAAUGCAACAGAUGCCGAGGCAGCAAGAGAAAGUGAGACAUCGAAAGAAAGGGGGGUAAGUGGUGAGGAAGAUAAAAUGACUGAUGAUGGGAUUAAAAUCAGCAUAGAGACUGUUGAAAAGAAAGAUGGAGGAGCAGAGACGGAAGACAAAAGAGCAGAAACCAGCACAGAAGAAGAGGGAAAAGAAAAGAUAGCACUGGAUGAAGAGGAAUCAAAAGAGAAGGGAGAGCCUUUAGAAAACGGAGAGGUCCAGGAAGUGACCGAAAUCGUUGCGACUGUCGAAACACAGAGCGAGACCAAAGAAAAGGAGGACGAGGGCGUAGCAGAAGUUGUGAUCGAAAAUGGGGUGGAGACGGAUGAGGAAAAAGACGAGGGCGAAGAGAUCGCCAUCAAGCGCAAGACAGAAGAACCAGCAGGCAUGGAGGUCAUCGCCAAGGAAAUCGUGGUGGAUUCACACGCCACGCCGCCUAAUCAAAGCUCAGAGGAGACUCAAGAGUAGCCCCAAGUAGUCCAAGUCAAGGUUUUUCCCCAUCCUACCUCUCAAAUUCUGCAUCUUAAGAACUGUUCACAGUGUUGUCCCUGUUCCCAAUUAAAGGUGCUUCGAUCCCCAUCGCUGCAUCAUUGUCCAAACCUAACAUUUCAUAGACAAUUCCCCCGCAACCUGCUAUAGUGUAGCUACAGAGCAAUUUCAUGUAACUGCAGACAUCAGCUCUACUGUAUUUCCACACAUACUGAAUGUAGAUAUCCAAAACAGGAGAUGUUGGUGCAGUUUAGUCAAUGUGGAGGUUCGACAGGGGGGUUGAAUAUCUAGAAUGAUGUCAUGAUUAGUUUCAGUCUGGGUGUGUUUUCCUGCUACUUAAGAAGAACAGUUUAAAGGCCUGUUCACACCAGCAUUUUAAACAGCAACAUUUAUUUCCUUUCAAUGGAAAGUUUAGUGAGUUCGUUUGUCGGGGAGAAAUAAAUCUGCGGGAAUUUCUCACAAAUUUGACACAACGUUGACCAAUAGCCGUAUUCACAGUGUUAAACUUUGAGGUAAACAUAGACCCCAAACAAAGCUAAGCUAGCGUGUUAGCAGUUAGCUCAACAGAUACAGUCGUUUACCAACUAGCCCUACGAAUUAUCCCUAUGUCACCGAGCCUGUAGAACCACACAUUUCACAAAGGUGUGGUGGAUAAAUUCAGCUGUGCAACUUUCUGGUGUGACCGGGGCUUUAAAAAGGAGUGAGGAAAGUUACAUAAUUCUUAUUGCAAUGUAACGCAGAGUUUGACGCCAACCUGUCUAGUAAGGGUCAGUUAGAUGAACUGAAAGAACAGCAGUGAUUGUGGAUCGAGGAAACUUCUCUGGCAUCAAAGCAUAAGGCCUAAAUGUUGUACCCAGAUAUAGCACCUGUUACAAGAGGUACUUGUACUGAGCGGCUCUUUUCAAUGUGUGAAGCUGAGAAACGACAAUAUAAGGGCAGGUAUGCUCAGAAAAGCUUCUUUACGUGACCACAUACUGCACAACCAUUUCCUGUUCCUUCGUUCUGUGCGCCAUAGUAAGGUGUAAAGUGAAGGGAACUUGUAGGAGAACGCUGGUAGAGGUGAUGGGAAAGGCGUUUGUUGCGACAGGCAAUCCAAAGUAGGGUGAAGAGAUAAUUGUUUACGCUGAGCUCAAAGCCGUCAAGUGCUUCAAAGAGAGCCGAUAAUCACUCUUUGGUGUGGUGUGCUAAGCUCACCUUGCAUACAGAAUGUUCCAUAUUCAAAUCCGAGUCAGAUAAGGAUGUGAAAUUCAGCUGAAUGUUUGCAGCUCGGGGACAGAACUCAUAUUCAGAUGCACCUCGUUAGCUUUCACAUACAGGAGUGAGGAUUUAUUUCUGUGCAAAGUUGCAUUUUUAAUUACAUUUCCAGCCAUUGGCCACAAACAAAAGCUCUUGUCAGUGGGGAGACAAGGUUAAGCUGUUUGGUCAGGACGGAGCCUAGCCUUGUUGUUUACUGAGACCAAAACUGAAGAUUAAGAGAGAGAAAUUGAGACAGACGUUAAGAGCUAAAUAGAAAGACCACAGAGCAUAAGAGAGUCAAAUAAAAGAAAAGAAUAGCCUCAUCUAAAGUAACUGCCGUUUGCGUUCUACAUUCCCCCGUUGAGAUUUCCUUCAUUAUUUUACCCCCAGCUCUUUAAGCACCUCUUUCCAGACAUAAUUUCUGACAAUAACCAAGUCAUAAUGUGCUGUUUCAUGGCAUCGUGUAGCUUUCUAUUUUAAAAAGGGGAUGGGGGGAUGUGAAAAGGAGAGAGGAAGGUGGCGACGUUCACAGUGUCGAGCUCUCAUUAGCUCACUAAUGGAUUUAGUCAGUGGGGUAUCUGUCAGGAAUCAUGAAUUUAUAAUGGAGGUCACUUAUUGGGGGAUGUAUUGACAGCAAAAACACCUCAACAUGUCAAGAAAAUAGCCUUCAGAUUAACGGUGAUGUCAUAGGGAAUCGUUUGCACUGAGUAGGAAAAGUUUGUGUUAACAAAUGUUACAUUUAUCAAAGAAAUGACACUUAAACUACCUGCUGUCCUGCUUCACACAGACUAUAUUUGUCAUAAUUUGCAUCUUUUGUUUCAUGAGAAUAGAUGAUACUUUGUUCAAGAAAAACGUCUCCCUUUUUGGAGAUAAAACUCUUCAAUUACAGACAAGUAAGAUCGAUUAUGCUGAAUAAGUGCUCUCCUUAAUUAAUCAAAAAAACCCGCCGCUGAGAUUCUUUUCAAUGUAAAAUGGCAAGUGACUUUGUGUAGAGUAGAAUAUGAAAACUGUGACCAGCUUAGCCUUAUUACUAUCAUGUAAAUGCCCCACAAUCUGCUUUUUAGAAAUGUAUUUUAGAGGCACAAUUGUGAUUUAAGUGUUAUAUGUUUGUUAUAGUCAAACGGGAAAGAUUUGCUCCAGUCAGUGUUGGUAUUUUGAAGCAGCUGUUCCCUGUUUUAUUACUGGAAUUCAGAGUGAGGGGACAAACAAUUUGAAGUGUUUGUCUAUAUGAAGGUAAUAUGUUUUGGAGUUAUUUUUAAGAGUUUUUAUUUUCAUUGUGAAUGUUAUGUUUUUGAGUCAAGAGAUUUUAUUGUAGGCUUUGUGUUGCCUAUGCUGUUCCGCUACAGCUUGCUAAAAUGUAUUUCUGACUGACGCUUGGAGCUACCUCCCGAGGGCUGCUGUUGGUUUUUAACCGAGGGGUCGCCGUGUGCGUGACCCACAGAAACAUAUGCUCCUUGUCCUCUCGCCCUCCACUAUGACGGAGUCCAGACCCGCGAGCUUUAUCGCUAAUAACAGACAAAGUCAAGGGUCAUAUUUGAGCCAGAAUGGAUUUUCCACAGCUGUAAAGAGGAGUUUGCACGAGCAAAUGACAAAUAACCACUCUGAUAAUACUGAAUGAAGAUAUGAAGUCAUAUCAUAAUAUUCUCUAUAUUUUUCAAACUUAAUUCUCUCGACUGCUUUUAGCUUUCGGCUGUUUGAGCUUUAUUAAGCACUUAUUGUAUUCAAGAAACAUAUUUAAUGCUCCCUCUUGCAUCAGAGCUGCUGGGAAGCAAAACAAAGACUCAGCUGUCACUUUCACACGUUUGUCACAAUGUGACAAAUAUGAAUUACGAAAGGUAAUACCAAAAGCCGCCUUUUGAUAGCUGUCAAGAUCAUUAUGAAUAUCGGUAUUUGAGAAAUAUCCCCACUGAAUUCUGGUCAACUUAUUUUGUCAGAUUUAAUCAAUUUCUUCAAUUUCCCCAGCGUCGAAAUAAACAUUUGAACUGUCAUCUGUCUGUUUACGAAUAUGAAUUUGUUUCAGUAUUCCUGCGUUUCUCCUUUUUUUUCUUAUCGUAAAACUGUGACAUUUAUUCCCCUUUGGCAUCCUGUGAAAACAGACGGAUCGUAUUCCACUUUAUCUAGAAGAGCAGAGUUUGGAAAAUCAGUUAAGCGGCGAGGUGAGCUCAUGUGACAUGACCGUGUUUUUCACUCCUACUACAUUCCUGUUGGACUUCCACAAACAAGGAUGAUCGUAACCUUGACAAAAGUUACAACCGGCCCUGUAUCCGCCUGUCCUACCUGAGGCCGCGGCCUUCAGGGCCCCAUCUCUCCCUGAUAAGGGCUGAUUGGUGGCAGUGCAGUCUAACCUCUGACAUGAGUACACUCCAGGGACUGUGGGUAAUUGUGAUCUUUUCUUUCUUUUUUUUGUCUGUUUAAAAGAAAAACACAGACAGGGAGAGAAAAGCGAGGCAGGAUCUCACACUUCAUCAGUUAAAUGAUGCUGAACCAUGUUAACUUAGCCGUCCGUGAAAAGAAGGAGACCUUUGACUAAUGUUAGACUUAAAUAUACAUUUGAAGCUCUCUGCCCAUUUGUGUAAAAAAAAAAAAAAAAAAAAGAUAAUAUACAGUUUCCUGUCUUCUUUCAGCAUAACUGUCUGUGUGCCUGGCGCUGGUGCGAUCGUUCUUGGUGACGCUGUCAAGAAAAAUAAAACGUAAUAGUUAAUUUCCUGUGUGCUACUAUGAUUUAAAAUGGGCAGAGUAGAAAUGACAGAACAUGAUACAAUAGGAUGCCGUCAUUGUUUUCCUGUGUUGUCACUUUAGCUUGCUCACAGCCUCUGGAAAAUGUAUUCUUAGGUUUUUGUCUCUGAUGUUUUUUUAUCACCUCGGCUGCCAUCUUGUAUGUUGAGCAUCUUUGAUCAUGUGCUGUUGUCACUUGCGUAGCAGUGUUUGCUAUCAAGGAAGAAAAAGUAUUCUUUAUCUUUGCUAUCCUGAGUAUGUCCACAUUCCUAUUGUUCAUGACAUCUGUACAAUUUGUAUAUUAUAAAAUGAUUUAUAUUUAAUGUG